UAGUAGUGUUUGUUGUGCCUGGGUUAAUACUGGCAACUCAAGCUAAUGAAUAUUUAGAUUUCAAUGUGACUGAAAUAGAUCGCAUUGAGGAACUAGAGUUUGGUUUCUCUAAAUAUAGCUCCAAUUUGAACCCUUUAAUGGUUGGUCUCACCCUUAUCAGAGGAGCUGAUUCUGGAGCUGUUUGUUUGGAUGGAACAUUGCCUGGAUAUCACUUGCACCGUGGGCAUGGAUCUGGAGCUAAUAGCUGGCUCAUUCAGUUGGAGGGAGGAGGAUGGUGCAACAACAUCAGAACCUGUGUAUACCGGAAGAAGACUCGACGCGGAUCCUCUAACUAUAUGGAGAAGCAGCUUCAGUUUACAGGAAUCCUGAGUGAUAAAGCUCAAGAAAAUCCUGACUUCUUCAACUGGAAUAGAGUUAAGCUUCGUUACUGCGAUGGCGCUUCUUUCAGUGGAGAUGGCCAGAAUCAGGCUGCACAGCUUCAGUUUAGAGGAGAGCGAAUCUGGAGAGCCGCAAUAGAUGAUUUGAAGGCAAAAGGAAUGCGAUACGCCAACCAGGCACUUCUCUCUGGAUGCUCUGCUGGUGGUUUAGCAGCAAUUCUGCGCUGUGAUGAGUUUAGGAACUUGUUCCCUGGAUCAACCAAAGUCAAGUGCUUGAGUGAUGCAGGCUUGUUCUUGGACACAGCCGAUGUUUCAGGAGGCCGCACCAUCAGGAACUUAUACAAUGGUGUAGUAGAAUUGCAGAGUGUGAAGAACAACUUGCCACGAAUAUGCACAAACCAUCACGAUCCAACAACGUGUUUCUUCCCACAAAACUUGAUCAGUCAGAUGAAAACUCCACUUUUUAUUGUCAACGCAGCAUAUGAUACCUGGCAGAUUCAAAGCAGUAUAGCUCCAACGUCAGCAGAUCCUAGUGGAUUCUGGCAUGACUGCAGACUAAACCAUGGCAAAUGUACGCCUGCACAACUGCGAUUCUUGCAAGGAUUCAGGGAUCAGAUGCUUAGAGUAGUCAAGGGUUUCUCAAUGUCUAGACAGAAUGGAUUGUUCAUCAACUCUUGCUUUGCUCACUGUCAAACUGAGAGGCAAGAUACUUGGUUUGCAGAUGAUUCUCCUGUCAUCAGGAAAAAGGCUGUGGCAAUAGCCGUGGGAGAUUGGUAUUUCGAUAGAGCGGAAGUAAAGUUAGUCGAUUGCCCCUACCCGUGUGACAAGAGCUGCCACAACUUGGUGUUCAGAUGAUUGAUUGAUUCUGUUCUUUACUAUCAUCACAUAUACAGACCUUAGAAAGUUUCUUUCUUUCAAAAGGAAAGAUCUUGUACCCUUGGUAGUACCAAUGCCUCAUUGGUGUAUAAUUGAUUUGUGUUAUGGAAAACCAUAAUAAAAACCAAAACAAAGUUUGCUUAAAAAGAGCAUAAAUGUAAUCACAGAGAAAAGGCUCUUUCUUUUGUUAAUGCAAGUAGUUGAUCUA